CGAAGCGUCGCUUCAGUUGUGACUUUAGUGCGCCACACGUAAACAAAGCAGCUGGGCCAACGGAUUUGGGCUCCACAUAUCUCUCAAGUGGUCGACAGUGUCUAUUUUCGGAUUUGGCUUUGGACUUCGAAUGUACACAGCUUAUGGGCAAUUAAAGCUCAGCGAUUAAUAGGGUUAAUUGAUAGCAAUUUUAUUAACGAUGGCACCCAAUGUGGAGUUGGAAGAGUGGCGAGUGUCGGGCAUAUCGCGAACUUAUCCAACCUAUCGCCGGAGCAUACUCAUUAGCAAUGAGAGCUGGCUGGAGGGUAAACAUGAAGACGAUGAGGCCGAGGGACUGUGGCGCAUCAAAGAUAAACUCUAUGAUUUGUCGGACUUUGCCAAACGACAUCCGGGCGGCGCCUUUUGGAUUGAAGCCACCAAGGGCACCGAUAUCACCGAGCCCUUUGAGUCGCAUCACAUUGAGGAGCAUGCCGCACGCAUGCUAAGCAAAUUUGAGGUGCGUCCGGCUUCGAAGCCUAGGAACUACAAGUUUACGCUGCACGAAGAUGGUUUCUACAAAGUGUUGAAGCGGCGAGUGAGGCAGAAGCUGCACUCCCUCAACUAUCAACCAUCGCGGAAGACCGAUCUCCUUCACACUGGUAUUUUGUUCGCUGUUUUCCUGUUCAGCUGGGCGGCUGCAGUACUGGAUUCGCUGGUGUUAAGUGCCUUUGCUGGAUUAUCGCUUUGCUGGCUGGCGACCUCGUCUCACAAUUACUUCCAUCAACGUGACAACUGGCGCAUGUAUUUCUUUAAUCUUUCUUUGAUGAACUUCAACAGUUGGCGCGUCUCACAUGCGCUCUCCCAUCAUGUUUAUCCCAAUUCGCUGCAUGAUCUCGAGAUGUCUCUCUUUGAGCCCCUCCUCUGCUUUGUGCCCAGCAAAGAAUAUGCCAGCAAACUGCAUCGCAUCAUCUCCAUUCUGAUCUCUCCCAUUGUUUACACGGCGCUGUGUUUCGUGCAGAUUAUACAGCGAUUGAUCAUCUCGCUGUGCAAACGCAAUGUGAUGUACUGGCAUGAUCUCUUGGCUUUCGUUUUGCCCAGUUUCCUCUUUUUGUCCACCAACUUGAGCCUGGGAGCUGUGCUCGCCAGAUGGCUCACUAUUGUGGCCAUAUGCAGCUUCCUGUUUGGCUUCAUUGGUCUAACAGCGGCGCAUCAUGAUCCACGCAUCUACCAUGAUGGCGACGCAACUCGUCCUGAUCGCGAUUGGGGACUCUUUCAGCUGGACACGAUCAUCGAUCGCGGGGACAUCAAGUGGUCAGAUCUUUUGGUGCUCACACACUUUGGCGAGCAUGCACUGCAUCAUAUGUUCCCCACUUUGGAUCAUGGCGUGCUUAAGCAGCUUUAUCCGGAGCUACAACAGACCCUCAGGGAGUUCAAGUGUGAGCUGAGGGAAAUUAAUCACUGGGGUCACAUCAAGGGUCAAAAUCAACAGCUGCUACGCACUGAAGUAAACCCCAUUGCUCCAGGCAGUAACAAGAGUCUUUAAAUAAACAGGGUUUAUGAUUGGUCAUUGGGCUCUUAAGUGUUUAUAAAUACAGAGUGUGUGUAUAAAUUUAUAACCAGUUUAA